AUGGGCACGUCUGUGGCCCCGAGCAGUCUCGACAAUGAUACCCGUGGCUGGAUCAUGUGUAUUGUUAGCGGAAUCGCUUGCGUUGUUGGCGCCUCCAUAGUGUGUGUUGACGUGAUCGUUCGUUUGUUCCCUGGCAAGAAGAACUUUCGCAUACAGGAUAGCAAUGUCUUCCUGGCAUGCUCUCUCAGCUUGAGUUUUGGUGUUAUGCUCUUCUCCGCGUUGUAUAGUAUGCUACCCGAAUCCAAGGAAUAUUUCGAGCAAGCAAAGUGGUCCCAGCAGGCCGCUGGCCUCGUCAUGAUGGCUUGCUUUGUUGGCGGGUUCAUUGGUAUCCAGGGUGUUUCACGACUGCUUCACCAGUUCAUGCCUACCCAUGUUGUCGAAUGCGACCAUACCCACGAAGAAACUGCGACCAAAGACAGCUCAUGCCAACACGAGAGAAGACAAUCUCGAGCGAGCCGUGCCCGCCGUCAAUCUUCUUAUCCACCCGCAUCUCAAUCUCCCGCCGACAAAACGGUAUCAAAGAUUGCCAACGGAAACGGGCAGAAUGCCGCCACCGAGUCUACUCCUCUACUUGAAUCGACGUUGGAUAGCCCAACUACGACCCUCAGACGGCAAGCUUCCGCCCGUGAUGGGAUGCGACGCCCUGCCAGCCCCAUUCGAAGCCGCACAGCUACAGGACUUACAGAUGGCUUCCCUGAGAGGAGAAAAUCUAUACGGGACGUUCAAAAGCGAGUCAUGUCCUUUGUACAAGAUACAAAGUGCAACUGCGACGAGUCGAAUUCUUGCUACGGAUUUUCAGACCCUUGCGGCCAGGAGUGCUUUAAACAUCUGAACAGCCGUCCCAGCUUACCUAGCAGACCGGGACGACAGCCCCAGAUCCUGCGCACUACUACAGGGUCGUUCUUGGGCCGUGGUCACGAAAACUCACACGCCCCCCACGAUCAUCAGCAUGACCAUGACCAUGACCACGAGCACUCGGCUGAGACGUUUGUCAGACCAACAUACCGAACCAGCAGAGCCAAGUCGCGCGAGCCAUUGGAUCCGAUAGUCCCGGAGGAAUCUUCUGAGCAUGAUGACUCUUGCUCAUCUGCAGCAGGCGAGGAGGAUGUUGAAGCUCAGCAGCACCACCACCAUGUUCCCACCAAUGCGUUCUUAUCCAUUGGCCUUCAGACUUCCAUUGCCAUUGCUCUACACAAAUUCCCCGAGGGAUUUAUCACCUACGCCACUAACCAUGUAAACCCGUCUUUGGGAUUUAAUGUCUUUAUGGCCCUCUUUGUUCACAACAUUACUGAAGGGUUUGCCAUGUGUUUGCCUUUAUACAUGGCUUUAGGCUCCCGUUGGCGUGCCAUGGCCUGGUCAGCUUUCCUCGGUGGCCUUUCACAGCCUAUUGGCGCAGGCGUGGCAGCAUUAUGGUUCAAGCUUGCCGACAAAACAAACAUGCAACCCAAUGCAGUUGCUUAUGCCUGCCUUUUUGCUAUAACCUCGGGCAUCAUGGUUAGUGUAGCUUUGCAACUGUUUGUGGAAAGUCUGAGUCUCAACCACAGCCGCAAUCUCUGCAUCUUCUUUGGCUUUCUCGGAAUGGCGUUGUUGGGACUCAGCAACGCCCUCGUGGGCUCUCACUAG